AUGAUAAGAGGCGGAGAACACUUAAAUUUCAAGAGAGAUCAUGUGUUUCAGAGAGUUACUCCUAUGACUGGUGUUGGUCGAGCGGUGAAGUCAAAUAAGUUGACGCCGCGGUUUAUUGGUCCGUUUCAGAUUACCGAAAGGGUGGGAGAAGUACUGUAUCGUAUUGCGUUACCUCCUACACUUGCGAAUUUGCACGAUGUAUUUCAUGUGGCUCAGUUGAGGAAAUACAUUGCGGAUCCUUCUCGUGUAACCCAAGUGGAUGAUAUACAGGUGAAGGAUAACCUGACGGUCGAAGCGUUACCUAUGAGGAUUGAAGACCGGAAGUUGAAACAAUUGCGUGGUAACGAGAUAGCGUUUUUCAGAAUGUGCUAUGGCACACAUAUGUUGUCCGAAGAGGCUGAUGACUGGUGGAUGUCGACUAGAGCUGAACUAGAUGCAGAUGGUAUAGAGAUCACUUGGGCUAUAUUCAAGAGGUAA